ACUUGGAUACGGAAAGAUAGGACGCGACCGCAGCGCCUCUGGUGGAAAUUCUUUUGAAGCUCGUUUCCGCCCUAUCAUUUUCAACUUCUUGCUAAAGUCUUCUCUCUCCAGCUGAUCGAAGAAUGUUUUGCCAAGUUUUCGUUCCCUGGGUUCUUUUCGACGUUGCCUCUGAUUUAUAACAAUUAAAAUCUCCACCCUUUCGUUUCGCACCCUCGGACAACCCAAUCGCGUCUGCCAAUGGACAACAGAUUUCCUUCGCAAGGGUCGCGGCCCCACGGGCCCCACGGUGCCAGUGCCGAGCCCUUCACCUUCGGCGCGCAGCCCUUGGCUCAGGGUUGGACCCCUCCGAUGAUGAACUUGGGGGUGCCUUCGGUGUCCGCGAGUGUGGCUGCCCCCGUUCGCCUGAUGCACCAGCAACCCCCCGCCGCCCAGCACCCCCCGAGCAAGGACCGAAACUACCUGGCCCAGCAGCAGAAGUUGAGGGCCAUGGCCUCCUCCUCCAAGAAGAAACCAGUGAGCGCGGAUUCGUUGAUCGACGAUUUGCUGCAGAAAAAGGAAACUUUCACCAUCAAGCCUCAGGUUUCCUCAGCACAGGCUGCGAAACUCGCUGAAAAGCAAAGUCCCGUCCAACUCCAGGUAGACAAAUUGAUGCAGCAAGUCCCCAAGGAAAUCCACGUUCCCCCCGAGAUGAGCUCCGAGGGCAUGGCUGGCUUUGGCAGUCCUCCCUCCUCGAGUCUGCCCCUGUGGCUGCAGCCCGAAGCCGCCGACCUGCUGCCCGCCGUGUACCGCCAGGUGUGGGACCUGAGCAAGUCCUCGGACCUGAUGGUGGACACGGGCAGGAUCUUCGCGGUGCUGGUGACGAGCGGCCUGCCCAGGGACUCGCUCGGCUACAUCUGGAAUUUGGCCAACACCAGAAUCCCGGGCGUGCUCGACCGCCACGAGCUGAACGUGGCCCUGGCGCUGGUCGCCCUGGCGCAGACCGGCUGGCGCGACUUUGGCUCCACCGCCGUCCUCGCCCUCGUCCAGCAACCGCCCAUCCCUCUUUUGCAACUCGAAGCGUUCAACAAACCGCAGCCGGCCGUCCAGCCAGCGCCGCAACCUCCACUUCAAGACAUUUUCACGACUGCGAAGGUGGCUGCAGUGAAGCAGGACGUCGUGCCGACCAUCUCGCAGCAAGUGUCCUCGGCAGUGCUGCUGGACGACGACUUCUCCGACUUCCAGGCCGCGCCUCCCCCCUCCGUGCUGGCCGACCCGAGUCCCGUGCACAAGCCGCGCUCGGCGCUCUCUCCUCGGGACAGUCCGGUCGGCUUCAACUCGUUCGAGUCGCCGCCCACCUCGCCCGCCUUCUGCGCCCCCAAGGGCAAGGGCAGCCGCGAGGUGGGCAGCAGGUUGGCCAACUAUUCCUUCACGGCCACCUCGAGUUCGUCGGGCUCGCGCAAGAGCGAGACGGACAACGAGGAGGACGUCUUCAAGGCCGACGACCUCUUCCCCAAGUGCGUCCUCAAGGACAAGCAACCUGACGACGCGCCGCCCUUCCUCAAGGACACGGCCAUCAGGUCUGAGCCGGACGAGAGCAAAUUCGAACCUUUCCAAGCGGCACCACACAACAAAAAGGAGGACGACAAGUACAGCGCCCUUCGAGAUCUGGACUUUGGCGGCCUCUCUCUGGACCCCCCUGCACCUCCGGCAGCAUCUCAAGAGGACUUUGGCGACUUCCUCUCCGCGGACGUGUCCUUGGCGCCACCUCCGAACCAGUCCGCGGCGCCAAAUCUUGCAGAUUUUGGAUUUUCUCCUGAGCAGAAUUCGGCCAAGGACUGGAACGCGUCGUUCGAAGCUUUCACCGAAAAGUCUUCGGUCAUCGACGAGGAGUUCUGGCGCUCGGACCCUGUGCUUGACCCUUCCGCCGAGGAGGACGACUUUGGGGACUUUGUGGGGCCUUCGAGCUCCCUCCCUCCGACUCCUAAGAUGAAGGACAUUCCUGCCGACGCGCAGUCCGUGGCCAGUCUCGAGCUGGGAGGCUUCGACUCGCUGUCCUUCGGAGGCGCCGGCCCCUCCUCCUCGCCUGCCCUGCUCGACCUCAAAAUCGCACCUGACCUCUCCUGGGAAUCUCAGCCAAACGCCCAACAGGACGAGGGAGCAGAGUGGAAGCAGUGUCUGCACAGCUGCACCAGUUUGCUGCAGGCCGCGGCGCAGAUUUUCCUGGCCAUCGACGACCCGAGCGUGGUCGAAGAGGUCGUGACCUCCAAACAAGGCGAGGACUACCUGGCCAAUUUGCUGGAAGUUUACUGCGUCACUCAGCGAAUCAACGCCGCCUCCCGAAAACUGCUGCCCUCGUCCAGGCACGCCCUGGAGCCGCUCCUGGGCGAGGUGGACGCCGUCUGGAACACCCUGAGACCUUUCCUGGAACAAAGCUCGCUCGAAGUGAAGGACCCGCACUGGAACUUUGCGAGCGAAAAGACGAACGGCUGCUCGCUGUGCCUCGCGCAGGUGGAGGUCGGAGGGGUCGGGUCGCUGGCUCUGGUCAGGUCAGGCGCCAACAGCUACCACGCAGCGUGCGCCAACCUGUGGCUCAACUGCAUCAACGCACAACUUCCUGCCAUUUCAGUACCCUAGUCUUUGCACUUUUUAACCUUGGAUCGCACAGCUUUGUACACAAAACGAUGUUCAAUUUUACUGAAGAAACUUCGAGACUCUCUAGAAAUGUAAUGCAUUCCAAUUAUUGUUAUAGUUGUUGAGUAAAUAAAUCUUUGUUAUUAUGAAAUU